UUGUCUAUGUGGAAUUUUAAUUAACCCCCCUCCCCUUUCACUUUCUAACUUCUUUUGCAUCUACAAGUUCUACUUGUUGUGCAGCAGUGAGCAUAACGUUCCAUUCCACAUACAACACUAGACUAUAUGGGUGUAUUCUUGAAAAUACAAGAUCCGUUGCUGUGAAGCAUACUCAGAGUAUCAGUAUUAGGAGAUGGAAGCAUGUCAUGAUGAAAAGAGGGUUCUUUGUUUCUUUAAAGUAUUGAUUGAAGCAUUGUGCUUUCAAGUUCUGAAAUCUAUAGGCUUGUCAUAUCCACUAAAACUAGUUGCGUUAAAUCCCAUAGCAAUCUCGCAGAGGAGAGGGAGCAAAUAUCAUUUUUACUAUAUUCCCUCAACGUUUGCUCGAUCAGUUUCCCACCUGACUGAUCAGGAGACUUAUCUGGAGGACUCAAAGGGAAGGCGAUGGAGAGCAAGAGUGUGUAAGCAUGAUGGUAGACUUGCUAUCAAACAGGGAUGGCCUGAAUUUUCAUCAGAACAUGGUCUGAAAUUGGGCAACUUUGUGGUUUUCCGCUAUGUUCCGUCUAGUCAGCCCUUCAUUGUUCAAAUAUUUGGAACAAGCGGUUGUGAAAAGAUCAGAUUCUGCAGUGACAAAGGAGAAAAAGUAGCAAGGGCUUAUUUGGAAGCAACACCCCCCCUGCUUCAAACAACAUCUGGUAAAGCAGAGUCUGAAAAGGCCACAGACAUUGAUGCUGGCACUGGGAAGGGAAAAGCAGCUAUAUGUGUGGAUGAAUCAUUUGGUAUGAUUGAUAGAGAUGCUCAAAAUGAUCAAGAAGACGGAAGGCUAUGUUUGGAUUUGACAAGUUUUGAGUUGCCAGCAAGCAAACCUCUUGCACAAGGAACUAGCAGUUGCGACAAUGGGAAAGGAAAAAGAAGAGCAAGUACUUCUCCGGAAGAAAUUAGGACUUCACCGCUGGGUCCAAAAGAUAAGAAAUUCAAAGAAGCAUCUCAGUUUGAUUCAGGAGAAGAGUGUGCGAAUAAUAUUGAAGAAGUCAUCAAUAGUGAGCCUUCUGAUUCAGGAGGCGCACCAUCUUCCAAUGCAGACAUAGUUUCAUGUUUGGUGAAGGUUGAUGGUCGAGAUUUUCUGGAAUUACCAGAAUCCUGGCCGAAACAUUUUCUGGAAAGGUCAAAGAAAGGAAGGAUGAUUAUUUUUCUCCGAGGACCAGAUAAAAGAAAGUGGACUGCCUUUUAUCACAGCAAAUCAUGUUUUGACGUUUUGACCUAUGGAUGGAAACAAUUUACUGAAAUUUAUGGCCUGAAUCCAGGAGAUGACUGUGUUUUUCAACUUGUUAAUCGGCCGGGAUGUAUAGUUGAUGUAUACAAGAUCUGAAGUUCCAAAUUAGACUACAAAAGAACUACUUGAAAAGUGCAACUGUCACAUUGUGCUUUUCAUAAGUUAUCAUUUCAUCAUAGCCAAACUUGGGAUUUGCGAUCCCAGUUAAGGUCGGUUCAGGAUCAUGAGAACCUAUUCAGAAGUUCUCGCAACUCCAAUCAUAGAAUACUGCAAUAUUUUGGGACUAAAUCUUUUUUAGUCUAGUUACAUGUUUGUUUAACUUUGUUUCCUGAGGUCCAAAUUUCAAGGAAGCAUGAAUUGCUUGUCA